AUGGCGGCGUGGAAGGAGGCGUACUUGGACCUUGUGCUGAUCCCGGUGGGGGUGCUGUUCCCCGUCGUCUACCACGUCUGGCUGUGGCGCGCCGUCCGCCGCAGUCCGCUGUCCUCCACCGUCGGCAUCAACGCCGCCGCCCGCCGCCUCUGGCUCCUCCGCAUGAUGAAGGAGAACGAGAAGAAGGCGGUGCUGGUGGUGCAGUCGAUGCGGAACGUGAUCAUGGGGUCGACGCUGAUGGCGACGACGGCGAUCCUCUUCUGCACCGGCGUGGCCGCCGUCCUGAGCAGCACCUACGCCGUCAAGAAGCCGCUCAGCGACGCCGUGUUCGGCGCCCACGGCGAGUACAUGAUGGCGCUCAAAUACGUCACCCUCCUCCUCGUCUUCCUCCUCUCCUUCCUCUCCCACACCGCCGCCAUCUGCACCAUCAACCAGGCCACCUUCCUCGUCAACGCCCUCCCCGCCGCCGACCUGCCGGUGACCAAGGACUACAUCGCCGACGUCCUCGAGAGAGGCUUCCUCCUCAACCUCGUCGGGAACCGCCUCUUCUACGGCGGCGUGCCCCUCCUCCUCUGGAUCUUUGGCCCGGUCCUGGCUUGCAUUUGCUCCAUCGUCAUGAUCCCCAUCCUCCACAGCAUCGACAUGGUCUACGUCGACGAUGGCAGCAGCAAGAGCGAGGUCAACGCUGCCAGGGUGGAGAUAGUCUACGAGAGCGACGAUAGCGUUAUGCAAGUUUGACCACCCAUGGUGUAGGGUACCGUCCAUCGUCGAACUCUCUAACCCGACAAACCUACUACACAGAGAAAACCCUACAUGGGGUUCUCUGUGUCGUGCUCCAAUUUAUUGGUGAGAAAAAUGUACGUGAGAGAUUCAUCGAUUUCAAUUUCUAAGAAGCAUUAAGUAGCACCACGUUUUAUGUGUAGGGUUUGCGUGGAUGUAUUCUCAUUUGUAACGAAGUUUUAUCGAGACAUGUUUGUCAUGGCGCAUGGGAGUCGGACAGCGUGCUUGCUUGGUGCUGGAACUCAUGGUCAGGGUCACUAAUCGGUAAACUCCAUGCACAACAAUG